AUGCCCUUCGGGGGGAGUGCGUCGACGCUCCGUUGGCUGCGCCGCCUCACGGGAGGUCGGGCGCUCAGGACCUGCGCUGCGCGGCCGCCGGUGCCGGUGCCCCUCGGCCCCGAGGGGCGCCCCGAGGGGAAGAGCGUCCCCGCGCGCCCCGAGAGCGGCCCUCCGCCCGCAGCCCAGUGCCGCCGCAGCGCUCGCCCCUUUGCCACGGGUCAGCGCCGCUUCAAGAGCGGGGAGACCGUCAGCAGCGGCGGCCGCUCAAGUCGCGGGAAGCGAAGCGCGGGGGAAGGCGGACCGGUGAGCGACGAUGAAGGGGAACGUGACGCGGACGAUGCUGAAUUCGAGGAACUGCUUCAGGAACAACUCCCCACCCUCCCCGAAGGGGGUCACAGAGUGUUUAUUGUCCACCCGGAUGUCAAGUGGGGAGCAAAGAAGCAACGCCUAACAACAGGUGAACUUCAGAUGGCUGAAGCAGUUGCUCUCGUGAACACCCUGCCCAACUGGAGAGUUGUAGAUAAAAUCAUUCUUUCCACCAAACAGCCAGAUAACAAGCUCAUUUUUGGUAAAGGCAAUUUCCAGACACUUACAGAAAAAAUAAAAGGGCUGCCACAGAUCACUGCGGUGUUCAUGAACGUUGAAAGGCUGUCAGCAUUAUCAGAGAAAGAGAUGAAAGCUGCCUGGGGAGCAGAGGUGUUUGACAGGUAUACAAUCGUUCUGCAUAUCUUCCGUUGUAAUGCUCGCACCAAAGAAGCCAAACUGCAGAUAGCACUGGCAGAGGUUCCGUUCCUCAGGUCACGACUGAGAAACGAAUUUGCUCACUUAGAUCAGCAAGGCGGAGGAUCUAGAUACAUUAUGGGUUCAGGAGAGACGUACAUGGAGGUGCAGCAGCGGCUCCUGAAGGAGAGGGAACUAAAGAUCAGAGGCGCCUUAGAGAAGCUGAGGAGGAAACGACAAUUACUCAGGACUCAACGCAAGCGCAGGGAGUUUCCGGUUAUUUCGAUCAUGGGCUACACAAACUGUGGCAAAACAACCCUGAUUAAGGCUCUGACCGGAGACUCGGGACUGGAGCCUCGAAAUCAGCUGUUUGCUACGCUGGAUGUCACAGCUCAUGCUGGCGUGCUGGCCAGCCGUAUGACCGUCAUUUACGUUGACACCAUUGGAUUCCUCUCACAGCUUCCUCACAACUUGGUUGAAUCGUUCUCAGCCACACUAGAGGAUGUAGCAUACUCCGACAUUAUCGUUCAUGUCAGGGACAUUAGCCACCCUGAAACCACAAACCAAAAACUGAAUGUGCUGAACGUCCUCAGGAAUCUCCAGCUUCCAAACCAACUCUUGGAUUCCGUGAUUGAAGUGCACAAUAAAAUUGAUCUCGUAGAUGGGUUUUCUCCCACAGACCCUGACACAGUAGCGGUUUCUGCGCUACGGGGCGACGGUCUGGAAGAGCUGAAAAAUAAAAUAGAAGAAGCGGUUCUGGGAGUGACUGGAAACUCGAUCCAGACGUUUACAGUCAAUUUGGCAGGUCCUCAACUGAGUUGGCUGUAUAAGGAGGCUACGGUGCAGGAAGUGGACGUCUUGCCUGACGAUGGUUUGGCGAACGUGCGGGUGAUCAUCAGCAGCUCCGCUUACGGCAAGUUCAGGAAACUCUUUCAGCCGUGAAGGGAGCGCCGCGGAGAAUGGCUUUCCGAUGCAGAGGACUUGCACCACUACCAAAACAAAGGAAGACAACCUGCAGAUAGAUUGCUUGUUCCUCCAGGAAAUUAGAGUGCAUGGCUUGUGUGUCAGGUCAGCGAUGGAGCUACGAGGUUGCUGCAGGGGAAGGCUUUGGAAAAAUCAGAAUCCUGUCUGCCACUUGGUGCUGAUAAGGCUCGUUCCAUUUGGAUGGUAGUGAUAUUUAUAUGAUACACGCACGCGAGAGAGAAGGGAACAGGAGGGUGUGAGGCGGUAAGUGAACAGCGGGAGGAGACUCGUGUGGAGUAUAAACACCGGCACGGAUUAGUUGAACCGAAUGGCCUGUUUCCGUGCUGUACAUUGUAUGUAAAUAUGGACCUCAGGUGGGAGUGCUGCAGUGCAGUGCCCCCCCAAGAAACAUUAAUCUGUUCCUGAUCGCCACCCAGCAACUCCCACUGGAAACCCAGACGGGGUUGUCGAGCAUUCAGCCAACGAGCUCAGUGACGGUCACUGUCUGAAUGGACGCCUUGCAAGAGGUGCUGGAGAAGACCAAUAGCAUUCGGGAAACUUACUCCCGGUAUCAACUCCAUCCCCUUCAGAAGAUGAAGGACAAAUAGAGAAGAGUAAAUAGAACCAAUGAUCAUGUUCUGCACAGUCCUGUGUUUUAUCCAACGCAGGUAGUGACAGAUGUUAUUCACUUUAGGUGGUUACCGAAUGGCUCCGUGUAACAUUUUCUGGCUCAGUUAGAUAGUAAGCGCUCUUGCCUCUGAGUGGGCUCAGGCCCCAUGUCAGGAAUUUGUAAGUCGAACUGCAUAGGAUUUACACAAAAGAAAUACUGUACUCGAAGACUGACGGGAGUUUCUCCUGGUGUCCUGACCGACAAUCCCCCGUAUAAAUUUGUGUUCUCUCACUCUCUCUUAAUACUGAGGUGUAACUAUCUGUUGAAUACUUUGCUUCCUCUGCAUGGAGGAAAGUUGGGGCAAAUUCCAUUCAUAACAUUGCACCUUGUAUUCAAGUUCAUUUAUCCCUUUCCCUUAGUGCAUUCCACUGGCCAAAUUAUCAGCAAAGGAGCCUCCAAUUUUUUCUCCUCUUGGCCUCACACUGUUAUCAUAGGAUUUACUGUGGAGUAACUGUUUAUUUGUUGGUGAAUGUGACUACCAACUUGCACGCAACCAUGUCUCACAAACAGCCGUGAAGUGAGUGACCAAUCUUAUCUGGGAGA